AGAAGUACAAAUAAAAAUUUUUGGAGACACGUGAAGUUAACCCCCCAACAUGUAAAAAAAAUAACUUUCUAUAGCUCAGUUGAUUGCUCAUCGUUUGCACAUUUCGAAUUUUCUUUUGCACACUUCUAAUACAAAUGUUAUUAACAAAAGGAGUUUGAGGAGGUCAAUUUCACGUUAGCCCCUAACUUUGAUACAAUUGCAUUAAAAUAGUUUUAAUCAAUAAAUUUCCGUUUGCACAUCCUUAAUAAUAAAAUUAUAGACAAAUAAAGUUUCGCGAAUGGCUAAUCGCAGUUCAUCGAGCAUCGCAUCGCGACGAAGAACCGCAAGUGGCUUUCUUCGACUUCGCAUACGUAUAAAUCGCGCCCGGGAAUUUCGGCGUGGCGCCGAAUAAAAUUAGGAAGACGCCUUUUUUGCGCUUUCUGCAUACUUGCGUCGCGUCACCGCGAUUUCCUAGAGUGCGUAAAUAAAACACGCGUAGCGGACAUCCCAUGGACUCUGCUCUUCGUAUUGACGUAUGCACGAGAUCCCGGAUGAGAACGGAAUAAAGUAGGGGGGACCUGAUACUUCUUCCAUGCAGAGGGGCAACAUAAAACGAAGCGGCAAACGAGAUUCCGACUCAGUAUAUGCCAAGCAGCCGAUCGAUCGCUGUUUGACGAGUAAGAUACGAGAGAGCGAGAGGCGAGUUGUUGCUCGGUUGUUUGAUAACAAUCGUGAGACGAAUCAAAUAGCGAACAGACAACCGGUUGCACAUGCGUGAAGAUUGCACUUGUCGAGAGUGUGAAACGUGUGAUAGAAGGAGCCAACGAAGAAGAGUGAAGAAAAAAAGAAAGAAAGAAGAAACGCGAUAAUGAUGAUAAUGACGACCAGUGGUACUUUUAUCGCGAAGGUCACUGUCUGCAUUCUACUAGGCUGCUGGGUAACGACGCGAGUCACCAGUUCGGCGAUACCGAUGUGGGAAUUUCUCUCGAAGAAUGAGAAAAUGAGUUAUCUAUACGGAUUAUUCAGCAAACAAGUAGCGCGUUACUGUGCCGAUUCAUCAAGCCCGGACUGCAACAAGAACCUACUUAUAUCUGGAGUGCGCAGCCUCGCCAACAUGGACGACAAUAUCCUUGAUAGGUUGGACCCCUAUCAACGCGGCGCCAAGGAAAUGAUUUGGCGCGCUAUGAUUGGAAGCAGCAGAUUCUCGUCGAGGAUCAGCCACGAUAACGAUGAGUCCUACUUCACGACUGGAGCCGACUUAUCAGCUGGUAGUGGCAGCGAAACAAAUGGUCUUGCUGAAGAGACUGUGGUAAGCAGCGACUAUAUAGCGGAACCGAACGAACCAUACUUGACAGGUCCGAUGGUGAUCCGGGUAUAUCCGGAUGGUCGACCAGUUCCGGAGGACAAGAAGCGUCCAUUGCCGAGAGACGAGGACGUAGAUGAGCUCAGAUACUCUCGCUUGCCGUCCGUGAAAGAGAUUGAGGACAAAAGUGGCAGUACGUUGUACGGAAAAGGCACGAUAGAGUCAGCGACGAGGCGACCGUCCUUCAACGUUGCAGUCGACAGAGAUCGGCCAUUGAAAGCAAGACGUCUUUAUGGUCUUGGCAACCCACUAUUUUACGAUAGAGCGAUACUUCGAAGCGCGAUGAACAAUCGUAGAGUUCGCUACUAUUAAAAAGAAUCUUUUAUCUUGUCAAAAUGGAUUGCACACGUUAUGCCUACUGUUCUGUAUCGAAUAAUAUAAGAUAUCACGCGGGAGGAGCUGAAGGUACAAACAGCAUUAGAUCGCUGUACUGCAGUAGAUGACGAUGUUAACAGUAAUCGUCUGUGGAAAUCAUUAAUUAAAUUAAUGGUUGCCACCAACGCACGUUUUAUUAAUUUAUUUAGAGUUGCGUAUUUGCAAAGGGAUUAUGCAAUCACAAAAGGAAAAUUCUCAUUCAUGAGAUUUCUUGGAACAUCAAGACUGUAGGGCUACGAGAGAUAAAAUGAAGAAAAUGUAAGAGAACGCGAUCUAAGACUUUUGUUUGAGAAUUCGCAUUUCACAUGUAACCCGCAUACAUCGAAAGUUUGACGAUUGGUCGGGAAUUAGAUUCCUAAAAUGAGAGCGUUGAAAAAAAAUAUGUACAUAUUCGUGUCGCUAUCUGUGUCACAUACGAGUAGUCACCGACCAUGAAUAUCAUGUAGUUUUCACUUAUUUAUUCAUUUGUUGUUUUGUCAUUCAUUUGUUAUUUAUUUAAUACUCGAUGUGAUUGUCAUAAUUCACAUGCGAAACUUCUGCAGAAAAUGUCGAUGAGAUUUCACCGAAGUUUAAACUACAAAUGUAGUAAAAUAAACAAAAUUGAAAAAAAUUUUAACUCGAGGAUUGUUAAAAACUAGCAAAUUUUUUGUUUUUUAAUAAUUGAUAUGCUAUAUGAUACUUCAGCAAAAUAGUGAUUAAUCAUAAAUUUUUCUAAAUUUUUAUUCUGUAAACAACAUUGCCCAUUUAGCCCUUCGCGAAUAGUAAUAAGAGAAUUAAAAUUUUAGAAUAUUAAUAAAGGAUAGAAAAGUUCCUUAAUCCUUUCGUCCUAAAUGGUACACAUAAGUAUCAGAAACAUAUAUAUAUUUAUAUUUAUAAUUAUAACCAGGGACGAAAGAGUUAAGAUAAUAUAUAUUUGAAUGUUUCUUCGUGUUAUCCAUUGUCUUGAUUAAGUUUCUAAAUGCGAAAGUCCGUGGCUAAAACUAUUCAUAGCCAUCUAACAUAGUGUUGCGCGUAUUUUGACAACGUAAAGUAUGUUCAAUUAUUACUCCAUUUGAUUGGGUAUUGCUCGACUUAUGUUAGAUCAAAUGAAUAAACCAAAUGUGUUAGACCUUAUGAUCAAAGAUCAGAAGGUUAAUUGUAAAUGUACGUCAUGCUACAUUAUUGAGUGUUGCAUACAUAUGACAUUAACAUUAAUAGUUAAGAUAUAUACUUGUAGAAGAAGCUAUAAUAUCAGUUUUGCUAAAAAGUUCCGAUAAAAAGUCCAUUUAUAAAGAAAAGUAAUAAUCUCUAAUAAUUUAACUGACUCUAGCCAUUUGUUCAGCAGCUACUAACACUCAAUAUAUCUUACUCUCCUAACAUUUAUUAAAUUGAUAUUACUUAUUGCUGUUCAUUCAUUUGUGGCUCAAAUUUAUAUAAAUUUAGAUAAUAUCCUUUAACAUCUUCUCUUUUUAAUAUGUAUGUAUUCGCCAUUACUUCCCACGUAAAGGAAUUAAUAUAUCUCGUUGAGAAAUACAGUGAUUCGUAUACUUAAUAAAGUUAUAUUAAUAAUUACUAUUAUUACGAAAUAUGCUAUCAUGUUAAUAGUCAAGAAAUAUUUCACUUGCAUUUUAAUGUACAGCUUAUUGUCGGAAAUGUCUGAUUAAAAAAAGGAAUAAUUGUAAAAAGUAAUACUUUAUUAAAAAAGAAAUCUGUAUUACACGCAUUUACACAUUUACAGUACAUGACAAUUACGAUUAUUUUUUAGAUUAAUGCAUAUAUUUUCACUUUAUAGAUAAACAUAUAAAGAUAUAUUUGGGACGAUUAAUUUUAAAUAAGAUAAUAUAAUAAGGUAGAACUAAAGUGUGAUAAAAUAUAGUGCAUAUUAUACAUGUGUAUUUAUAUUAAUGUACAUAUUUGAAAUGUGAGAUUAUAUGACAAUAAGACAAUGUGAUAAAUUAAGAUUAACAUAUAAAUGUAUGUGUAGAUAUAUAUACACAUAAUAGAUAA